ACACCAUACACACUGAACUGUGUCUUUUUUCAGAUGCUUCUUGCUGGGCCAUCGGCGCGGUGGCUUACCUGAGAGUCAUCACAACAGAUGGGCAGUGUAGAGUGGGCUUUGUGCUUGGAAAAGCAAAGCUGGCUCCUCAACCCGAACCAACCAUCCCUCGCCUUGAGCUGUGUGGCGCUGUGCUGGCAGUAGAAAUGGCUGAAUUGAUCCUGGAGGAGCUCGACCACAAGCCAGAUGCAGUGAAGUUUUUCUGUGACAGCAAGGUGGUUUUGGGAUAUAUACACAACGAGUCUAAGCGGUUCUUUGUGUACGUGCACAACCGCGUUCACCGCAUCCGACAAACCACAUCCCCUCAGCAGUGGCACUAUGUACCUACGGAUCAAAAUCCAGCUGAUCUGGCCACUAGGUCAGUGCCUGCAUCACAACUCACCAACACCACAUGGUUUACAGGACCAGAGUUCCUAUUCAAGCCACACCAGCCUGAAACUCAUGACCCCUUUCAGUUAGUAGAUCCUGAAACAGACACAGACUUGAGGCCUCAGCUGACAGCGCUCGCCACACACCUAAGUGAAGGUAAACUCACCUCAGAACGGUUCCAGCGCUUCUCUACUUGGGAGUCUUUGAUGAGAGCUGUCUCUUUCUUAAUCCACCAAGCCACGUCAUUCAGGUCAGACUGUCCGAAUGUUUGUAAAAGAUGGCACCUGUGUAAAAAGCCACGCACUCCAGAGGAGCUCGAUGCGGCAAAACGAGUCAUACUCAUGUCUGUCCAGAGGGAUGCUUAUCCAGAAGAGUAUGCAGCACUACAAGAAAAAAGAACAAUUUCCAAGUCUAGCACAAUCCUGAACCUCGAUCCUGUCAUGUGCGAUGGCCUGUUGAGAAUUGGCGGCCGUCUGAAACAUGCAUCUGUUGGGCCUGAGGUGAGAAACCCCAUCAUUCUCCCAAAAUGUCAUGUGACAAAGUUAAUGGUGAGCCACCACCACGCAAAAGUGCAGCACCAAGGGCGACACUUCACAGAGGGUGCUGUGAGGGCUGCCGGCCUGUGGGUCGUUGCAGGCAAGAGACUGAUAGGCUCAGUCAUCCACCACUGCGUCACCUGCCGCAAGUUAAGAGGGAAGCUUGAGGUCCAGAAGAUGGCUGACCUCCCCCCGGAACGUCUGAGCUCAUCUCCGCCAUUCACAUACGUAGGGCUGGAUGUGUUUGGCCCCUGGAACGUGGUCACACGACGCACCAGAGGCGGCGCAGCUCAUAGUAAGCGGUGGGCUAUACUCUUCACAUGCAUGUGCUCCAGGGCUGUGCAUAUAGAGCUCAUUGAAAGCAUGGACUCACCCAGCUGCAUCAAUGCCUUGAGAAGGUUUUUCGCCCUGAGAGGGCCAGCAAAGCAGCUGAGAUCAGAUCGAGGUACGAACUUCAUCGGGGCCAGUGCUGAACUGGGCAUGAGACCGGACGACCCAAACCAGGUCAGCACUCUGAAACACCUUCACGAGAACGGCUGUGCGUGGGAGUUUAACCCGCCACAUGCAUCUCACAUGGGGGGUGUGUGGGAGCGCAUGAUCGGCAUAGCCCGCAGGAUACUCGACUCCAUGCUCCUGGAAAGAAAGCAAAAUGACCUGACUCACGAAGUGCUGUGUACCUUGAUGGCAGAGGUGUGUGCCAUAAUGAACGCAAGGCCAUUAGUUCCAGUCUCCUCUGACCCUUCGUCACCAGUGCUGCUGACUCCUGCUAUGCUGUUGACUCAAAGGCCAGGGGUGUCUGCUCCAGCCGGCACUUUCACUGAAAAGGACUUGUUCAAGUGUCAGUGGAGACAGGUGCAGGCCCUGGCAAAUGAGUUCUGGACGCGAUGGAGAAAUGAAUACCUCCACACUCUUCAGCCAAGGCGCAAAUGGCGCACAGCAACACGAGAUCUGCAGCCCGGGGACGUUGUGUUGCUGAAAGAGAGUCAGUCCCCUCGCAAUGAGUGGCCUAUGGGUCUGGUCACUGCCGCCUUUCCAAGCAGUGACGGAAAGGUCAGAAAGGUUGAAAUAAAGACUGCAUCACAAGACAAAGUAAAGACAUUCUUCAGGCCCAUUACUGAGGUUGUCCUGCUUCUGCCUAAGAAAGGUCAAAGGUCAAGCGAGGACUGUUGAAUCUUUAGUGGCAUUAAAUGCCAGACGGGGAGUGUUCUGCCCAUGGUAUGUUUUAUGUGUUUUGGUGAUUGAAGUUGAAUUGUUUGUAUAGGACUUAUAUUUUGAAUAGGACUUUUAUUUUGACGCGCACGAGAUCGGAAGGCAAUGGAAGUUUGGAGCACACGGGCACCGUUCACAUGGCAACACUCAACUGUCACAGCAAACUCAACUUUAACGUGUUUUUUAACUUUCAAUCUCAUAGAAAGCAAUGACUUUUUACUCCAUUCAAUGUGGUCAAUAAAGGAGCAAGAAGGCUCAUUUUCCUGGCUCUUGAAAAAGGAGUUUGGCUCGCUGCUUAAUUUAUAUUAACGCUAGGAAGCAAAAACAUAUAGACAGAGCAG